AUGGACCACAGCGGAAACUACGUCCUCACUGCGCUCCCCUUUAUCCUCUCCUUCCUGCAACAAGUACUAGGCCAAAGGGUCCGCCUCCUCACCCACUCCCUGACCCCUGAGCCAUGCAGAUAUACCAGAAACCCGUGUGAGGUACAUUGUAAGGAUGCUGGAGGAAGUCCUCAAAGUGUGCAGGAGGAGAGUCUGAAAGUGGGGCAGUCCUAUGAUGACCUGAGCAGGAAGCUGGAGGGGGUGACUCUGUCCAACACCUCAGUGCAGGGGUCCCACCCGGCCCUCCGCUACACCCAGGUAACCCCCCCGGAUCCCCAUUUAGACACAUUCCGGGGUGUUCCCCCCCCAGUGCCCCUGAAGCUGGAUUAUUCGUUCUUUGACAGAGAAAAGUUGUCCUGGUUGCUGGUGCCCCAGGAGGGCAAACCAUGCCCUGUGUACAUCGCAGUUGUCAAAGUGAUCUUCCACAUGGAGGGCAAUGAGAAGUGGCCUCAUGACCGGGUGGCCGUCUGUCACAUUAAAGCAGCCUUCCACAUCGGCCUGGGAGAACUGCCGACCAAACACCACCAGCCCAGCCCCACACACCUGGACGUGUGGAAGGAUGGCUUGGCGUUCAGGAUACAGGUAGCUUACCACCGGGAGCCUCAGGUCCAGAGGGAGAGUGUGUGUCCAGAAGGACUCCUCAUCGUAAGGGACAACGAGGAGGCUCAAGCCCUGGAGAUGGCAACCAUGCACCGGCCCCUACUCACCUGCACGGGCUCCAGCAACUCCACCCGUACUUUGGGGCGGUGUGUUGCCUGGCCAAGCGCUGGCUGGGAGCUCUUCAGCGAUGACAUAACAGAGGACACUGCUGACCUGCUGGUGGCGUCCCUCUUCCUGCAGCCGGCCCCCUUCACUCCUCCAGGGUCUCCUCGGGUGGGUUUUCUUCGCUUCCUCCACCUGCUCUCCUCCUUUGACUGGAGAAACAACCCCCGGUGGUCAACCUCAACAACCAGCUCACCGGCUGCUGACUACACUGAGAUCAAGAAUGACUUCAUCGUCUCCAGAGUUUCUGCCUGUCAUGUUCAUUGCCACGCCCAAAGACAAGAAGCUGUCAAUCUGGACCAAACCGGUUCCAUCUGAACAGAUACUUCAGCGUGUGGUGAUGGCGGCCGCAGAGAGCCUGAAGGUCCUGGAACCUCAGCUGACGGACGCCAACCGGGUGGGCAAGUGGCCUCCUUUGGAUGCCUAUGAUGUCCUGAUCUACCUGAGCCCCAAGCAGAUGCCCUUACUGAGCUAGGCAGUGGACCCGCCUC